AUGACGUCGCAGUAUUUCAGUGCACCGGGUGGUGGCGGUGGUGCUGCACCAGGAACAGUAUCUGCAUACUUCGCGGCACCAGGAGCAAGACCCAGCGUUGGAGGUGGCGGUGGUGGUGGUAGUAUAGGUUUUGGAGGCGGAGGUGGUGGUGGUGGUACAACGUCCGCUUAUUUCGCUGCACCAGGAUCGGGAGGAGGAGGUGGAUAUGUUUCAGCGUAUUUUUCACCGACUACACCUGGAAGUUUGGGAGAAGGAGGCGGAGGCUCACCCACAGUUGGUGCAAUAGAUUCUACGAAAACAGCCAUUGGAGAUCCAACGAGAACUGCUAUUGGCGCUGUAGAUCCAACAAAAACUGCUAUUGGUGCCGUGGAUCCCACUCUAACUGCUAUCGGCGUUGUCGAUCCAACAAAAACUGCUAUCGGUGCUGUGGAUCCCACUCGAACUGCUAUCGGCGUUGUCGAUCCAACAAAAACUGCUAUCGGUGCUGUGGAUCCCACUCGAACUGCUAUCGGUGUUGUCGAUCCAACAAAAACUGCUAUCGGUGCUGUGGAUCCCACUCGAACUGCUAUUGGUGCUGUGGAUCCUACCAGAACUGCCAUUGGUGCGGUAGAUCUGACAAAAACUGCAAUUGGAUCUCCGACUGGAGAUUUCACAAAAACAGCUAUUGGAGCGCCGGUAGAUUUAACAAAAACUGCUAUUGGAGCUGCUCCAGCACCAGCGGGAGGAGGAGGAUAUUCGCCAACAGCUCCAGGUGGUGGUGGAGCUACAUCUGCUUACUUUGGUGUUGGUGGAGGUGGUAGUGGUGGAGGCUAUACCUCCGCCUACUUUGGUGUUGGCGCUGGUGGUGGCGGUGGUGCUAAGCCAGUUGGAGGUGGUGCUACUGGCAGUGCUGCUGGCCCAGGUGUAUCGGCAUACUUUGCACCAUCAGGCGGCGGAGCCGGCAGUACCCCAGGGGCUACUUCAGCCUAUUUCUCUGUCCGAUAG